AUGUGUCACAAACUUCUCCAAGCCUAUGCUUGUGACCACAAGAGGAUCGUGUGCACCACGCCGUGUCCUCAUGCCAUCGCUACAGGACGUCAAAUUUCCAACGACCUCUGUAAAACCGUACCCGAGUUGUCACGCUCGAGCUCCGCUGUAUCGUCCAUGACACCCUCAGCGAAUGGUCCCCCGCUGAGAGCUACAGUGUUGAGCAGCCAAGUACAAGGACUGCAACAGAGUGGUCACACGCCAGCAUUCCGUUUCAUCGCGCCCACUACGGGGCAAGAAGCCACCAGUGUAGGUCUUCCGGUGUCCACAUCUCCAAUAUCUCCAUUUUCCAAUCAACCAUCGCCUGCUUUUUCCAAUGCCAAUUCUCUCAUUGAGCCCGUCUCCUCCUCACCUUCGACCUCCCUCACUCCCGCGGACCCAGAGCCUGAUACUGGUUGCUAA